AUGUUUUCUUCAAUUUUAAAAGUACCAGAUAUUUUAAAACAAGAAAUAUCUAGAAAUUCUUCUAGAUCAGUAAAACCACUUUCAUCUGAAAAUUGUUCAAAAUGGCCAUCUACUUGGAAAUAUGUUAACAAAGAUGAAAUACAACCAUCAAGUUUUAAUAUAAAUUUUAAUGAACCCGACACAACAACAUUAAAAAUGUUAGCGGAUGAAGCUAUAGAGAAAGAACCAAAAGUAGAGAUGGAUGAAGAUGACGAUUCUGAUUCAACAUCUUUAACUAAAUCAGAAUAUUUAGAUGAAAAAUUAAAAGGUAAUUGUAAUGGAAAACGAUUAAGUCAAAGAAAUUCAUCAACUUUAGAUGAAGAUAUGAGAGUUGAUGGAUCAUUUAUAAUUGAUGUAGUAGGCGGAAGUGUAAAACUAGAAAAAUAUAUAAUAUUAAAAGAUUUAAAAUUUGAUCCAUUUACUUCUAAUUUGGAAAUAGUGUUUCAAAAAGAUGUGUAUUUUCGAUGGCAGCAUGUAACUGCCAAUACAUUUAGAAGUGUUGUUCAUUUAAAAACGAGAAAACUCGGUGCAUCAAAUAUGGAGUGUUGUGAUAAUGUUACAAAUAAACAAAAUGAUAUAAAUUCUGAAGUAAAUAUUAAAGUUCAAUUUGCAACUCUUCCAACAAUAAUUCAUUAUUUUAACAGAAAUAAACCAUAUAUUUAUCAGCAAAAGAGUAUUACCCUAAAGCACAUUGAGUUAAAAAGUAAAGACAAGAAAGAGAUCUACCGAAUGAAUUAA